CAUAAAUUUUAAAAUGGCUGCUAGCAGCCAGGUAGUGAAUAAUUAUUUUCUUUUUGUUUCCUUAAAUUUGUUUAACGUAAGUCGAGAAUGAUACAAUUAUAAAUGGGUCUUCCAAAGUUAUGAAAUACAAAGGUUGAAUUCACAACUGAUGACCAGACCAUAGAUUAUCGGAAGUAUUGAAAUAUAUAAUUUUUCAAGCACAUUUCUACAAAACAUAGCUUUAUUCGCGAUGGAAAGGAUAAGGGAUGAGGAUCGCAAGCGGCGAUUGCGAUUUUUGGAGGAGCGCAUUCAAAAUCCCAAAAGCAAAGCUAACAUCGACUGUUUAUUAGAUACAGUGCAAGCUUUAAUAACCGAUUGUGAUCAUCCGGCCGUUAGAAAAGUUAAAAACAUUGAGGUAUAUUUAAAUCGAUAUGAUAAAUUCGCAAGUGAGAUAGUGAACCUUCGAAUGAAAACAGAUGACUACGAGCACAUUAAAGUAAUUGGCCGAGGUGCAUUUGGCAAGGUACAAUUAGUCCGUCAUAGAUCAACAAAUCAGGUGUACGCGAUGAAACGCCUUAGUAAAGCCGAUUUAAUUAAGCGAUCAGAUUCAGCGUUUUUUUGGGAGGAGCGGCAUAUAAUGGCGCAUGCCAAUUCCGAGUGGAUAGUGCGGUUGCACUUUGCAUUUCAAGACGCCAAACACUUAUACAUGGUGAUGGAUUAUAUGCCGGGGGGUGACAUUGUUAAUUUAAUGGGCAAUUAUGACAUUCCCGAAAAGUGGGCGAAAUUUUACACGAUGGAGGUUGUUCUAGCGCUGGAUGUGAUACAUAAGAUGGGUUUCGUGCAUAGGGACGUUAAACCGGACAACAUGUUGCUAGAUAAAUAUGGACAUCUUAAAUUGGCAGAUUUUGGUACGUGUAUGCGUAUGGACGAAGAUGGGCUAGUGCGAUCUAAUAACGUUGUGGGAACUCCUGAUUACAUAUCGCCUGAAGUUCUGCAGAGUCAUGGCAAGGGGGUGUAUGGUAGAGAAUGCGAUUGGUGGUCUGUGGGGAUCUUUGUCUAUGAAAUGCUGGUGGGUGAAACUCCAUUUUACGCCGAUAGCUUGCUAGGUACUUACAAUAAAAUUAUGUAUCAUGAGAACAACCUUUCGUUUCCACCUGAAGUAGAAAUCUCCUCCGACGCUAAAUCUCUAAUACAGGGUUUAUUAUGUGAUAGAACCAAACGGUUAGGUAGCAAUUCUGUUGAUGAAAUUAAAAGCCAUUCUUUCUUUAUCAAUGACCAAUGGACUUUCGAGAACUUAAGGGAGUCCGCACCGCCUGUUGUUCCAGAAUUGACCGGCGAUGAUGAUACCAGCAACUUUGAUGAUUAUGAAAAAGACGAAACUCCCGAAGAGAGUUUUGCUGUGCCAAAUAAUUUUGCAGGUAAUCAUCUGCCGUUCAUCGGAUUUACUUACAAUUCCGAUUAUCAACUACUGUCUAGUAGGCAAGAUAUCGUCGACACGCGCUCAAUUUCUAAUCAUAUAACUAGUGAUAAAAAUGCAAAUGCUCAAGUUUGCAAGUUAGAAAAACUGUUAGAACAGGAACGAAACAAUGUAGAAUCUUUAGAAUCCAAACAACGAAUUUUAAUCGCUCAAUUAGAUAAUUUAGCACAACGUGAGACGGACCUACGCGAUGAGGCAUCUAAAUAUGAGAAAGAAUUGACAAUUUUGAAGCACAGUUAUAAGGACAUCCAACGGAAAGCCGAAAAUGAAAUCGAAUUGAGACGCAAAACCGAAAAGCUACUAGGAGAUGUUAAGAAACGUUUGGAAGACGAGCAAGGUAAACGGACGAGAGAGAUGAAUAACAAUCAGCAGCACAAUGACAAGAUCAACCUGCUUGAAAAGCAAGUGACAGAGCUCCAAGACAAGCUAAAGGUUGAGACGGAAAAUUGUCAAAGAUUGCGUAAGCAGGCAGCUGAACUUACGAUGGCCAAGUCGACCUCCGAACAAAUGGCCAGUGAGUUUCAAACGAAAUUGCUAACGAUUCAGUCGCAACGGGACGCUCUACAAGCGGAGGUGACCUCCUUGCAGAGUCAACUGAGUCAGGAGAAAAGUUCAAGGACGCAGGUUUCUGAUCAGCAGUUAGUUCUCGAAAAUAAAGUUGUUAGUUUACAUAGCGAAUUGGAGCACACUAGGCAGAGGGAGGGGAAAAUGGCAGCUGACAAUAUAAGUCUAAGCGAGAGGAUAUCGAAUUUAGAAAAGGAAUGCGCGGGUUUAGAAUUGGAACUUAAGGCGGCUCAAAAUCGGUAUCAUCAAGAGGUGAAGGCGCACGAGGAAACUGAAAGGACCAGGAUGUUAAAUAAGGAGGAAGCCAAUCUGGAAGUAGUUAAAGCACUUCAAACAAAAUUAAAUGAAGAGAAAAUUGCCCGCCAGAAAGCCGAUUUGAAUUCGCAGGAAAAAGAAAGGCAAAUAUCCAUGCUUUCGGUUGACUAUCGCCAAAUUCAGCAACGACUUCAAAAGUUAGAAGGCGAAUAUAGGCAAGAAAUGGAAAAAGUAAAAGGUCUUCAAAGUCAGGUGGAACAAGAGCAGCAGAAAAAGACAAUCUUAAACUCGGAACUUAGCCAACACCUGUCCGAAAUAGCACAAAUUAAAGCUAAGGAAAGUCAGUUAUCUGCGGAAGUCGCACAGUUACAAGAUAGUAAAAAAUGUAUAGAGGAAGAGCUGUAUAAAUUGAAGCGGGAAUGGUCGAUUGAAAAGCUACAAAUGAAGGAGGUACAAGAUUCGCUGGAAACGGAGCAGUACUUUUCGACUCUCUACAAAACGCAAACGACCGAAUUGAAAGAAGAAAUCGAAGAGAAGAAUCGGAUAAACAAGGAAUUCGAAGAGGAGCGCGUUUCUUUAAAGCACCAAUGUCAAAUAGCUCUCGCGCGGGCGGAUUCCGAAGCCUUAGCCAGAUCGAUUGCCGAAGAGACUAUCGCUGAUUUAGAAAAAGAGAAGACAAUGAAGGAGCUCGAACUUAAAGAUCUUUUAGCGAAGCAUAGAAGUGAUGUUAGCGCAAAGGAAUCUAUGGUUAGUGCCAGUAAGGAGCGGGAGCUGGACAUGAAGAAGCACGUGGAGCAGUUACUUAAAGAGAAGGAGGAGUUAGGUAGACAUUUAAAACAAGUCCAGGAUGAACUUAAUAAAAAGAUAGAUAACACUGAAGAGAUAGAGAGGUUAACUAAUAAAUUAAAGACUGAAUCGCUUCUCAAACAGCAGGCUGUAAAUAAAUUACACGAAGUUCUCAAUCGGAAAGAUAUUAGAGAAGGUAAAGGUAAGAGUAAGGACAAAGUUUCCAGUUCGGACCUCAGGAGAAAAGAGAAGGACUUAAAGAAAUUGCAACAGGAGUUGACUCAAGAAAAAGAAAAGUUCAUCUUAGUAUCUCAAGCGUCACAGAAAAAUAUCCAAGACAUGCAGUUCCAAUUAAACGAAGAAAGUUUGGCGAAACAGAGGCUUCAAAUGGAAUUAGACAGUAAAGACUCCGAAAUUGAACAAUUGCAAAUGAAACUAGCUACGUUGAAUAGUGAAACUGCGUCUUUAAGUUCGGCCGAUAACGAUGGCGAUGAUUUCAAUACGGAUUCCAUGUUCGAAGGUUGGCUUUCGAUACCGACAAAACAAAACAUUAGGCGGCACGGUUGGAGGAAGCAAUACGUCGUUGUAUCCAGUAGAAAGAUUAUAUUUUAUAAUUCGGAAAGUGAUAAACAAAAUACAGAUCCAGUCAUUGUUUUAGAUUUAUGUAAAGUAUUUCAUGUACGAUCGGUUACGCAAGGAGAUGUUAUUAGAGCAGAUUCAAAAGAUAUUCCUAGGAUAUUUCAAUUAUUAUAUGCUGGUGAAGGCGAAGCUAGAAAGACUGACGAACAAGGAAACAUGUUAGAUGUCAGUUCGAUUAGAGGCGACGAUAAACCGGGAGCUGUGAUGCACAAGGGUCACGAGUUCUUACAAAUCUCCUUUCAUAUGCCGACCAAUUGUGAGGUAUGCCCUAAACCUAUGUGGCACAUGUUUCGACCGCCUCCAGCUCUAGAGUGUAGACGAUGUCGAACGAAAAUACACAAAGAGCACCUCGAUAGGAAGGAAGAUUACCUAGCUCCAUGUAAGUUACAUUAUGAUCCUACUUAUGCCAAAGAACUGCUGCUACUUGCGCCAUCCGUUGAAGAUCAGAAACAUUGGGUCACGAGACUUAGUAAAAAGAUUCAAAAAAGUGGUUAUAAAGCGAAUAAUUCAAAUACAGACUCUGCCAAAAUUUCACCAAGGGAAUCCACAAGAUCAUCUCUGAAGCCAUAUAUGAAUGUCCAAAGGUCAGCGACGUUACCUGCUAAUGCCUCUUUAAAUAACAAAUAACACGCCUGUAUUUAAGGUACUAACAUUAAUUUAUUCAGCAUUUUAAAACGUUCACAGUGAUGCAGUCGACACAAUUUUAUGUUAAUUACUUAAUCAUGUACAAAUGUUAUUUUUACAACAGUCCUAGCUAGCGAGAGGCGUAUUUUUCAAUUGGUACUUUAGCCUUUCAAUCUUUUUUUAUUUUAUAUUUUUAUACACUGUGAAUUUUUUUAAUUUAAUUAUGUUUUAUACCCUACGCAUUUGCCUAGAUUAUGUGACAGCAUCAAAGCAGGUGCUAUCAUUGAAAUCCCGAUUGUCAAAUUAAUACUGUUUUAUAUGUUUUACAUUCCAUUAGUGCAUACAGUGUGUAUUUGAAUUUUAUAUUAAUUAUAUUUACUUAAUUCGAAGAUGAAAUUGUGCUGUGAACAACGAUUUUAUGUUGUGAAAGAACCUAACAUAGCAGUCUAUGGUCUUAUUUUUAUUAUUUGAAAACUGUGCCUUAGAUUAUAUGUCAUUAUUUAUUUUACAUUAUAAUAUUUGUACUAAUUUCAUACUAGUACUAUCCUAAAGUCUUAUAAUGUUAUGAUUCGUAAAAGAGAUGCCCCCAAAUGGCCUGUAUUACAUUACUUGGAUGUGUUGUAAUAAAUUAUUUCCAAUGUU